UUUAUAUGGCCAGGUCUGAAGGUCGGAAUCAAAUGCAAAACGAGCGAACCCAACGAAUAUACAACAAAAGCCACAACCAACCUCAACAAGGAUGGCACCUUCCACGUCCAUCUCCCCACUCAUCUUCUCACAACCGACCAUUGCUUCGCUCAGCUCCAUGAUUCAACAAACAAACCAUGUAGCCAUGACGACUCAACUGAGCACUCGAAGCUUGUCUACAAAGAUGACGGCACCUAUUUCAUUGUCGACAAGCUUAAGUUCUCGUCGGCAGCGUGCUCAUCAGCAUUGUUUUGGCCCCUCCCUCCGCUACCAACUUGGCAUCCCAUACACAAAUAUUUACCUUGGCAUAAGCCAAGCCUAUAUUUUCCUCCUUGGCCGCCUAAACCCUAUUUAUUUCCCAAGAAACCUCUCCCUCCUCCCAUUCCCAUCUACAUGCCUCCAAUCUAUAAGCCGCCUAUCGUUAUACCACCAAUCAUCAAACCUCCACCAAUAGUGAAGCCUCCGAUUGUCAAGCCACCUAUUAUCAAACCACCACCAAUAGUGAAGCCGCCCAUUAUCAAGCCGCCACCAAUAGUGAAGCCGCCGAUUAUCAAGCCACCACCAAUAGUGAAGCCGCCAAUUGUCAAGCCACCACCAAUAGUAAAGCCGCCAAUUGUCAAGCCACCAAUCAUCAAACCACCACCAAUAGUGAAGCCGCCUAUUGUCAAGCCACCAUCUAUUGUCAAACCACCAAUAUGUGAGUCACCGCCAAUUGCCAAGCCACAUUGUCAAGCCACCAAUAUGUGAGUCACCGCCAAUUGCCAAGCCACCUAUCAUUAAGCCACCACCGAUUUC